AUGGAGUUUUCGAGCGUGUUUCUCGAGGCUGCAUUCUCCGCAGUGGAUGCAGCUGGCCAAGGCGCACGUGCGGCGGAGACUGGGCGAUUAGCGCAACAAGCCUCUGGCGGACAAGACGGCGCAGAAGAGCGGCUUCCCGACUUGCAGACUUCGCAGUCGACGCUGAGCCCGCCCCAACAGCUAUCUCCGCUUGCGCAACCCUUUCGCACGCCGACGCAUGACUUGAUAGGCGGUCUCGACUUCUUCGACUUGGACUUCGCGGACGGCAACUUGGACUUGAACUUCUCGCUCAGCACGCCAGACGAAGAUGGCGCCGGCAGCAUGCUUGUAGCCCCUUCCAGCGAGCUUCAGCACCAUGUCAGCCCCAAACAUGACACCCGCGACGCCUACUGCGAGCUGCCAGCAACAUUCCCCCAGCCGCCGCCCGACAUGGAAGUUGCGACCAAUAAUGCGACGGACGCGCCAGUGCUCCCCAUGCCGGACGCACCUGCUGCCGACCUGACCGCCCACAACACGGCCAACGGCAACAGCCUCAGCAAUGGCCUCGCGCUGGGUGAGCCCAUUGACUUCCCCCAGCCCGCCGCCAUGAACGGCCUCGACAUGAAUCUGGGCAUGGGCAUGGGCAUGGCGCCGCCCGACUUCACCGCCAUGGACUUCCCGCCGCCCAUGGCCAGCGACGAGCGUCUCACGGCUUUUGCGCGCCUGCGCUUUGACGACGGCUCCUACUACAUGCACACGUACCAGAUCAUCCUCGGCCGCAACAUCGAACUGGCGCGUCGCGACAUGCGGCGCAUUGCGAGGGUCGACCAGCUGCAGGCUGAGGGCCACUCCCAGGCCGCCGAGGCGCUGCUCGAUGGCAGCGCAGCGAAGAAGAAAAAGAAGCGCGCCGCUCGCAGCGUCAUCAGCGAAAGGGGUGGCAUCGUCAACGCGCCCAUCUCCUCCAUGCCCCUGGCGUACCAGCAGCGCCGCCACAGCAACGCGUCGCAGUCCCUCAGCUCGGGGUCGCAUCCUACUGGCGAAUCCGGCGAAGAGAAGCCCGUCGAGCGUGCGCCCCAGGAUAUGCUCAUGCAAGCCUUUCCCGAGGUACCUGCGCAGUUCGACGGCCAUGUUCCCGAGGAUCCGCACGACUGUCCCUUGGUCCCCAUACACCCGCAGCACGUCACUGCCCGUACGGGCACACACGGUCCCAAGGGCAUUUCGCGCCAGCACGCCAAGAUCUUCUUCGACUUUGACCAGGGCCACUUCUGCAUUGAGGUCCUAGGGAACAAUGGUCUGCACCACGAAUCCGAGUACAAACAUCGAGGCGAGGUCGUGCCCCUGAGCCACGGUGAUCGCCUCGUCAUCGGCGCCGUGAACCUGCAAUUCUACCUCCCCGAUGUAGCGCUCACCGAAGAGCAACGACAGCAAGAGUCGGGAUCCCGUCCAAUGAGCUUCCAAUUUGAGAAUGGCCAUGGCGAGCUCGAGAGCGAUGAGCUCAUCAGCUCAGAGAGUGAAGGCGAGAUCAGCAUCAACCCAAAACAUGUAUACCACGUUCCCAUGGACAGCGAACUAGAGUCCGAUGACCCAAUGGAAGAAGACGAUGAUAUGGACGAUUACGAGGAACCUGUCCCACGCCCACGAAAGAAGCCAGCUCCCAAAUUGAAGCUCAAGUUACCUGCCCCGGCUGCGCCACCUGCACGAAAGGAGCACAAGAAGGCACACAAACGCAAGUACAGAGAUGAAUCGCCUGAUGACAUUCCCCUGAAGAAGCUGAAGAAGCACAAGGAAAUGAACAAGGAGCCUGUCAAAGAGGCAAAAGCAGCCAAGGAGCCCAAGGUUUCGAAGGAGCCUAAGGAGACUCGCGAACCCAAGGAGGUCAAGGAGCCCAAGGAACCAAAGGAGCAGAAAGAGCCAAAGGACAAGGGCAAAGCACCAGCAAAGGCGCCCUCGAAGACUCCCAUCAAAGAAGAGGAGCCCAAGGAAGCGACUCCUCGUGAGACGCCCGUGCAAGAGAAGCCUGAGCAGCCGAGCAAGCCUGUUCCCAACGACAGUCCGCCACUUUUGCGUAAACCGCUCGAGGGCGAACUCGAGGCUGGCGGCGAGAUUGAGGGUUUGAUCACCGAGGAGAUGGCACGACAUCACAACCUGCCGUCAACGCUCAUUGGCCAAGUUGUCGAGAAGCGAAAGGGCCCUGGACGACCUCCGAAGGACGGCAUCAUGUCGAAGCGGCAGAGGUCGCAGCUUAUCAAGCAGGCCAAGGAAAUUGAGCGAGCCAAGGCGGCCGGUAUUGAUCCAGCCGAUAUCCCAAUGCCAUCAAUGAAGCCAAAGAUCACGAAACGGAAAGACUCAGAUGCCGCCGGCGGCGAAGACGGUGAUAUCAGGGAGUCUACCGAGAAUGGCGAUGGACUUUCAGGCGACAGGAAGCAGCUCAAGCCCAACAAGCCGCCUCGCACGCCAUCACCCGAGCCACGCGUGGAAGACUACACCGAGGAACAGCUACAGCGACCGACCGCCAACUAUGUGGUCCUCAUCCACGAGGCGAUCUCGUCUUCUUCAACCGGCCAAAUGAACCUCCAACAGAUCUACAACUACAUUGAGAGGAAGUACCCGUGGUACAAGUUCAAGACCACAACAAGCGGAUGGCAGUCAAGUGUGCGACACAACCUCGGCCAGCAUGACGCUUUUGUCAAAGGUGACAAGGAAGGCAAGGGCUUCAACUGGAAGAUCAACCAAGAGGUUUCCAUUGAAAAGGAGCGUCGGAAGAGGCAAGGGCAGCAAGCGCCAGGUGCAUCGCCGUACGCACCGCACCCUCAACCUCAACCACCUGCAUCGCAAUCGGAAGAUCCCUCUCCGCCUGGCCGUUACCUUCCCGACACUGACCCAGACCUCAUUCGCCAACUCGAGGCAUUCCGGAAGGUAUAUCUGGAAGCUCGCAAAGAGCCUGGUGAGGACCGGAAAUGCGACAAUGCGAUCAGGGCGUUCGUUGAUCCACAUUACCAAGUCCACACCCUUACGAAGGCAGAAGUGGCGCUGCUAAACGCCAUCCAAAGUAUAGAACACUUGGCGCAGUACAUGAGGAACAAGAAUACGGCAUCCCAGGGUUCAGUUGCAACCAGCGUCCCACAGGCCCCCAGUAUGACCUCGGCUGGCACUGCAGCGGCCAUCGCAGCAGACGCAGUAGCGAACUCGGUUGCACCAACGACGACUGCUCAGGCAUCUGCCCCUCCUGCGAGCGCAGAUUCGCAAACAUCAGAGUCUCAGCCAACCACUGAACCACACAAGUUCACGCCAAACAUGACCGCUGUAUCGCCAGCUCCGCCUCCUACCACUGCACAAGCGCAGUCCGUUCCUUCACUUCCUCCUUCGCAUCGACCCAGUGUCGAGCCACUUACACCAGUUCCCGGAUCGCCGGCAGUCCAGAGCGGUACGCCACUCAGGAGGUCUUUUGUCGAGAUUCCUGCGACAUCUGACAACGCGAACGCAGGUGCGGAAGAGCCGCAGAAAUUGGAGACCACGGAGGGCGAAGAAGUACAGCCAGCCCAAAAAGUGGAUGAUAACAGUGGCCCUAUGGAGACAUAG